GUCAACUGCGCUUGCGCGUUCAGCUGUUGUGAAAAUGGCGGCACUGCUGUUGCAGGAGCUGGAUUCGUCCGAGAUAUCUAAACUACCGACAACUCUACAAAGCAAACUCGAGAAACUUUUGUCAGACCGGCAGCAUGAAAUCGACUCUUUGAAAGCACAACACGAACAGUUCCGGGUCGACAGCGAGCAACAGUUUUUCGAAAAAGUUGAACAACUUCAGCGGUGCCAGGCGGAGCUUUUGUCUCAGACCCAGGAGCGUCUCAAACUCAAAGAGGAUUUCACUAAACUGGGCGAGGAGCUGAAAAAUGUGUGUGAGAAGAACAAGGAGAAUGAGUCUGCGCAGGAGACGUUGUCCUCAGAGCAGACUUUGCUUUCAAGAGCCAAAGAGGAGUUGGAGGCAGAAAAGCGGGAACUCGUGAGGACACUGGAAAGGAGAUCUCAGGAAAUAGAGAAUUUAAAUGAUGACCUGAGGCAGCUGAAUGAUAAAUUAGUGGAAGCCAACACUUCUAAGAUGGGUCUGCAGAUGAAGUUGGAUGAACUUGAAACUGCGGAAGUAAACAUCAAAUAUAAGGAGAAGCGUAUGGAACAAGAGAAGGAGCUGCUGCAGGGCCAGAUGUCUUGGUUUAAAGAGGAACUGAAGGCAAAGACGGAUGAGGUGCUCUCCCUGUCCAGGCAAAAGGGGAAUGAAAUCCUGGAGCUGAAAUGCACGCUGGAGAAUAAGGAAGAUGAGUUAACCAAACUCCAAGAUCAAGUGGCCAGUAUGAAAACCUCCAAUGAGCAUCUUCAAAAGCAAAACGAAGACAUGAUCAUCAAACUGAAAGAAGCAAAGGAGCAACAGGCCGUCAUGGAGGAGAAGUUUCGAAACGAGCUGAAUGCUAACAUUAAACUCUCUAAUUUAUACAAGGGCGCAGCUGCUGACUCUGAAGCAAAAAGCCAGGAGUUGAGUCAGGCUGUGGACGAACUACAUAAACUGCUGAAAGAUGCAGGAGAAGCCAAUAAGAUUCUUGAGGAAAAGCUGCAGGAGAGGAACGGUGCUGCGGAAAAAACUGUUAUUGAGUUAAAAGAAAGGAUCCAAAGCCUUGAGAAAGAGCUGGACAACGCCAACGACCUUCUGUCGACUUCUAAACUCAGAGGACCUGCUGGUGCGGCAGCUCUGGCCGAGGACCAAAUAACAACAAUGUCACCAACAGCAGCUGCUGUGUCCAAAAUAAAACCCGGCAUGAAGCUGACUGAGUUGUACACGGCGUAUCUGGAGAGCCAGGAGCAGCUGCAGCUGGAGCGGCUGGAGAACAAGCGGGUCAACAAGUACCUGGAUGACAUCGUGCAGGAGGUUGAAGCCAAAGCCCCCAUGCUGAAGCGGCAAAGGGACGAGCAUGAGCGCAUGCAGAAGUCCGUGGCCAGUCUGUCGGCCAAAUUAGAGCAGGCCAUUAAGGAGGUUCACCGUCUGCAGAACGAGUCGGAUGAAGCUAAUAAGCGAUCCACUGUCCUGGAAAGAGACAAUCAGAGAUACGAACUCCAGGUGGCUGACAUGGCUCUACAGGUGCGAGUGCUGCUCAUCGAGCUGGAGGAGGCCCGUGGAAACCACGUGCUUCAGGAGGAGGACGUGAGCUCCGCUGACAUCAGCAGCACGUCUGAGGUGAUCAGCCAACACCUGGUGACCUUCCGCAGCGUGGAGGAGCUCCAAAAGCAAAACCAGAGACUUCUUGUGGCCCUGAGGGAGCUGAGCGACGCCCAAGAGAAAGAAGAGCAGGAGAGCACUGGCAAUAGGCGCGUGGAGCUGGAGCAGAGUUUGAUGAAAGCCCAGGCUGAGCUGGAGUCCCUGAAGGAGCAGCGCAGCCAGCAGAUAAAGAUGACGGAGUCCAUCGUGAGGCAGAGGGACAUGUACCGUGUGCUGCUGGCUCAGGCAACAGGAGUGGCCUUCCCUCAGCCAGGAACCCCGCCGGAGGAGUUUUCUCUGACGUCUACCCCUCGGCGGUCACCGGCAACCACUCCCACCACAGGAACCCCCGCCGCACUCGUGGCUAUGACUGAGUCUGCUGAGGCUCUGGAGGCCAAAGCAGCUUUGCGACAGUUGCAGGAAGUGUUCUCCUCCUAUAAGAAGGAGCGGCUGGAGAGUGACAAGGCGAUGAACGAGCAGAACGAGAAGCUGCAGGAGCAGCUCACUGACCUCCACUCUCAAAAUGCCAAAAUCUCAACUCAGCUAGAGUUUGCAUCAAAGAGGUAUGAGAUGCUGCAGGAUAACGUGGAGGGCUACAGGAAAGAGAUCGCCGCACUGCGAGAGAAAGAACAGAAGAUGGCGGCAGCCGCACAGAAACUUGAGCAGACUGUCCACACCCUGAAUGAGGAUCUGAAAGCUGCAAAGGAGAAGCUCAACAUGACUGAGGGUCAGGCUGAGAACCUGCGCAAGGAGAGAGACAUGCUGAAGCUGGUGGAAUCCAGGCUGAACCAGGAGAAAGAGACGGCUGUGACCCAGCAGCAGAGCCAGAACCUGCUGCUGACCAAUCUCCAGGCCAUUCAAGCCACUCUGGAGCGGUCUGAGGCCGAUGCUCGUCAGCGUCUUAACGGCCAGAUCGAAAAGCAAGAGCAACAGAUCUCCCAGCUUCAGAAGAGGCUCGAGCAGGAAGUGGAACAGCGCCACCUAAGCAGCAGGAACCAAGAAAUCCAACUGAUGGAGGUCAAGAGGCAGCUGGAGACGCAGGUAGCCCUACACCAGAAAACCAAGGAGCUGCUGAACGCUGCCGAACUGGAGCUGAACGCUCUGCGGAUGCAGCAGGGCCGCACCGAAGCACGCCAUACGCUGAGCUCUCCGUCCACACCCAUCAUCAGAGGCCUGCAGGGCUCAGAUCAAGAGAGGGAGGACCUCAAAGACCGCCUGCAGCUGGCCGAAACCCGAGCAGAGGAGCUGGCGGAGAGCCUGAGGGCCGCCACCGCCAGCAUGGAGCAGUACAGAGCCAUGGCUCAAAGCUUAGAGGAGUCCCUGGAGACGGAGAAACAGGUGACAGAGCAGGCUCGCUUGUCGGUGGAGGCUUGCUUUAAGGAAGCCGAGGAGCAGCGCUGCACGCUGGAGGAGAAGCUCCUGGAAGCAGAGAAGGAAAAGCAAGACUUGGGAGAACACAAGAGAAGAGACCUGGCAUCUCUGGAGGAGCAGAUUAAUGACCUGAAGAGGAGUCUCAGCAGUGCACAGGCGGACCAUCAGGCGGCGCUUCAGCAGCUCGCUGUAGCUGAAACCCAGCAGCAGCAAGCUCUGCAGGACGGCCAGGAGCAGGCUAAACUGGCAGCUGAAGCUCAAGAUAAAUAUGAGCGGGAGAUGAUGCUGCACGCAGCUGACGUGGAGGCGCUGCAAGCCGCCAAAGCUCAGGCCCUGCAGGGCGUCGAGCUGCGACACCACCUGGAAGAGAAAAUCCAGCGACUCACCGCCGAGAUACUGGAGGCCAGAGUCUCCUGGGAGGUGCAGGAGAAGAUGCUCAAGGAGGAAACGUCUAAGAUGGAGAGCCGUUACGAGGAGCUGCAGAGGCAGAACACCCUCCUGCACGAGCAGGUCCAGACCAUGAGUACCAAGAUGGCCGCCAACAUUCAGCGUGCGGCCAAAGAGAGCUCGCUGAACGUCUCUUUGAGUGAAGAGGGGAAAUCUGAAGACCAGCUGCUUGAGAUUCUCAGGUUUGUGCGCCGGGAAAAGGAGAUCGCUGAAUCCCGGUUUGAGGUGGCCCAAGGCGAGAGUUUACGUCACCGUUUGAGGGUUGAACACUUGGAGCGCGAGCUUAAGGAGGUGCAGGACAGUUUGACGGCUACAAGAGAGAGAAUGCAGGUGACUGCAAAGACCCUGGCUCAGCAUGAUGAGCUAAUGAAAAAGACGGAAACAAUGAACAUCUUAGUGGAGACCAACAAGAUGCUCAGAGAGGAGAAGGACAAAAUGGAGCAAGAGCUGCAGCAAACCCAAGCUAAGGUGCAAAAGCUCGAGUCGGACAUCUUUCCCCUGCAGCAGAGCAACUCUGAGCUGAGCGAGAAGAACGGCAUGCUGCAGGCAGAGAAGGCGAUCAUGGAAGAGGAAACAAAGCGCUGGAAGGCUCGGACUCAGAAUUUGCUGAGUCAGCAAAAAGAUUCAGACCCUGACGAGUACAAACGUCUGUCUACUGAGAAGGAGGUACACCUGAAGCGCAUCCAGCAGCUCACAGAGGAGAACGCUAGACUUAAAGCUGACUUGAUCAAGCUGAAUAACCAAACAACAGCUCUCCAGGGACAAAUGAGUAAGAUGAACGAUGAAAGGAAUACGCUGAAGAAGGAAGUGGCGACUAAAGACCAGGAAAUCCAAGAAAAAGUGCGAACAAUCACCCAGGUUAAGAAAAUCGGACGUCGCUAUAAGACGCAGUACGAUGAGCUCAAGGUGCAGCAUGAGAAGCUUGUUGCUGAAGCUGCAGCAGGUCCAUCCCAAGACGAGGAGGCACGUCAAGCUUCGGCUCAAGAGCUGCAGAGCGUUAAAGAUUCUCUAAAUCAGGCUGAAACCAGAACCAAAGAGCUGGAGGGACAGCUGGAGAACGUCAAUAAGGCGGUCACAGAGCGGGACACUGAGCUGCGUAACGCCCAGGAACAGUCCUCCAGGCUGCAGACGGAGCUGAACCGGCUGAGGCAGGAGCUGCAGGACAAGCUUUCUCAGGAGGAAAGUCUGAGGCAGCAGAUGGCCGAGAAGGACGAGAAAACCAGAAAAGCCCUCCUGGUCGCCAGGCAGAAGAUCAGCCAUCUCACAGCCACUAAAGAGCAGCUGCAGAGGGAGAACGAGGAGCUGAAGCAGCAGCGCGAGGAGCUGGAGGUGCGAGUGAGCGCGCUCAAAUCUCAGUAUGAGGGUCGUCUCAGCAGACAGGAGCGAGAGCUCCGAGACCUGCGGGGUCAGCAGGAGAGACAGGAGCAGAGAGACGAGCCUCCUGAAGCGGGUCCAAGCAAGAGUCAAGAGCAGCAAAGGACGACAGAACAGAGGCAGAUCAGUCUGAAGACUACCCCAGCUACAGAAAGGGGCAGCGCCAGCGCUUCUGAGCCGCCCACUGCCAACAUUAAGCCGACGCCCGUGGUCGCCACAGCCAGCAAGCAGCCCGUCAACCCGGGCAACAAACCCACUCCCCGAGCCAGCAUCCGGCCAAUGAUCACCCCGGCCCCCGUGCCCACUCCCACACCCACCGCCACCGUCAUGCCGACCACUCAGGUGGAGACCCAGGAAGCCAUGCAGUCCUCUGAAGCCCCGCCCGUGGAGCAUGUGACCGUGUACGGAAGCGCCAGCGGCUCUGUGCGCUCCGCCAGCCCCAACGUCCAGACCACGUUAGCUAGCUCCAUGCUGACUGUCCAGCAGACUCAGACGCAGGCCACGGCGUUUGUUCAGCCCACGCAGCAGCAGAGCGUGACGCACCCCGAACCGGACAAUCGGGAGCCGUCGCCUGUCGCCAUCGAGGCUACGCCGAGUUCGCAGGUGGAGUGGCCGUCAACCUCGUCCUCCUCCGUGUUCGGCACAGUUUCAGCAACACCUGGAACCUCCGCCAUGUCCAAGAGGCCUCGAGAGGAAGAAGAGGGCAACGCUGCGUUCACCGAGGUCGAAGCGGCCCAGGAGGACACAUCCAGGGCUCCUAUCCCGAAGAAGCUGCGUAUCAUCCAGAGAGUGGGUCCAGAGGAAGAAGUGAUGGCUGAAGAGAGUGCAGAGGCCGAGGGAGUUGUGCCGUCAGACAGUCAAGAUGGAGCAGAAGCAGGUCAGGCAGAGUUUUCAAACCUGGAGGAAGCGGAGGAAGAUGCGGCCUCUCAGUCUGUCCCCGCAGAGAUUACCCCGAGCCAAAGCGAAACACCGGACCAUCUGCAGCAGGAAGUCAUCGUCAUACUGACCGACUCCGAGAGUGAAGGGGACGACGAAGAGGAGGAGGAAGAGGGUGAAGAGCAGGACUACGCAGAGGAGGAGGAAGAUGACGAAGAAGAGGAGGAGGAGGAGGAAGAAGAAGAUGAAGAUGAGGAGGAUGACGACGGAGGGAUGGAAGGAGAGGAAGGAGAGGAGAGUAAUGAAGGAAGCGGAGAUGGCAACGAGGUUUAUGAAGGAGACGACACAGAGGGCGUUGAUGUCACAGACCCGGGCACUGAGACAGAGGAGAGUUUGGGGGCGUCAGACUCCACCCAGAGGCCUGCAGAUUCCCAGACACCAAGCUUUGAGGGGGGCCCAAUGGAGGCCUUCUCUACGGAACAGCCAAUCACAAGUUCCGGUGCCCGUAUGCCCCAGUCGCCACGCAGACCUGUGCAGCAGCUUCCGCCCCGACUCAACAUCCAUCCGGCUCAGUCUUCAGAGCUGGGACCGCCUGCUCAGGUUCAUCGCAUCCCUGUCCGCCGGCAGUCAGUGGGCCGACUCACGCCUGGCAUGGCGAGCACUGCUCAGCAUUUCUUUGAAGACGACGACAGGACGGUGCCCAGCACUCCCACUCUGGUGCCCCCCCGCUCUGAAGGUUUCGACCAGGCCAUCCACUCUCCCCAGGUUGCUGGAGUCUCCCGCUUUAGGUUUGGCCUUUCAGACGACGUGCCUCAGACCAGCUCCUCCUCGCAUUCUGACCUCGGACAGCUCGCCUCACAAGGAGGUCUUGGGAUAUAUGAAAGUCCGCUGUUCUUGGCUACUCAUGAGGAAGAGUCAGGAGGGCGCAGCGUUCCCACCACGCCUCUGCAAGCUGCAGCGCCAGUAACUGUCUUCUCAGAGGCGGCGCAGUCUGACGCAGCAGAGCACGCCUCGCAGUCGGUUCCCAUGGUCAGCACGUCCACGCCCGGCCUGGUGCUGCCGGGAACGGCCGGGUCUGGGGAGGAGAGAGACAUCUUCCUGGAGCCUGACACUGAAAUGCCCAGUGCUGAAGCGUCCGUGGAUCAUGUGGUGUCUCAGGGAGACUCAGAGGAGCCGAGCCAGCCGUCUGACAAGGCUAACCAUCCCUCCACCAGCCAGGAACCUUCCUCCAGCUCUGCAGAUACCAGCAGCGCCGCCCCUAAACCUUCUCGCCAUGGAGCCACCAGAAACCUGCAGCGCUGGCAAGACAACCGUGGUGGUCGGCUGAAGAGAGGAGGUCAAGCCAUGCCUUCCCGCGGCUUUCCUGCGAGACGAUUCUUUAGAUGAAGCACUAAUCAGAGGAGACCCAACCAUUCCUGUCAGAAACCGCUUUCAGAUCUGCGUUCAAUAAAGAUUUACUCCUGCA